AGAGUUGGAAGACAUUGAGACGUUCCUGCAUAUCGAAAACAUAGUUCCCCUGUGUAAAACUGGUUUUCAUCGAGUGGCGACUCUCGUACAGUUAGUUUGCUUGAUUAGCUCUCAGAGUGAGCAUCGUCACGUUAUUACAGUCACUCGCCGCUGCGCUCCGUGGAUACACCACGAUGGACUACCUAUCGAUCGUUUUGUCGCUGGUGACGGUGUUCGUUGCUUUCUAUUACUUUACCACGAGGAAUCACAAUUUGUUCAAGAAGCAUGGAAUCGUGCACGUUCCACCGACGCCGUUGUUUGGAAACAUGGGAUCGUUCGCCAGACGACAGAUCACCAUGCUGGAUUUGAUUGUCAAGACUUAUCAAUUGGAUCCCAAAGCGAAAUACAUCGGUUUCUACGAAUUUCUCACGCCGAUAAUAGUAUUACGCGAUUUGGAUCUGAUCAAGGCCGUCACUAUGAAGAACCUCGAACAAUUUUCAGAUCACCGUCCGCUGGUGAACAGAAAAGUGGAUCCCAUGCUAGGAGGAGCGCUAUUCAUGCUGAACGGUGACCAGUGGAAGGAUCACAGGAACAUGUUGUCGCCGAGCUUCACCUCCAGCAAGAUAAAAACAAUGUUCAAACUAAUGUCGGAAUGCGCGAGCCGAUUUGCUGAGCAUUUGUCGAAUCUGCCAGAGGAGCAACGUGAAACAGAGAUGAAGAGUCUGUUGACGAAAUACACGAACGACGUGAUCGCCAGCUGUGUCUAUAACGUGUCCAUCGAUUCUGUCAAGGAACCGAACAACGUGUUCUACGUGUACGGUAGAAUAAGCACAACGAUGGCAACGUUCAAGAGGUCCCUGUUGUUCUUGGUACACAGGAACGCUCCGUGGUUAGCAGAGCUACUGCAACUCAAGGUCGUGGAUAGUCACAUUGCCAAAUUUUUCUACGACCAAGUGGCAGAGACAGUGGAGACUAGGCAACGGACCGGUACUCGCAGGUCCGACAUUCUGCAGCUCUUCAUGGACAGUAACAAAAAAAGAGAGUCGGGGAAAGAGAUGACCGUGCAAGAUAUGGCGAAUCACGCGUUCAGCUUCUUCUUCGGCGGUUUCGACACCGUCGCGUCGCAAACCUGCAUAGUGGCGCACCUGUUGGCCGAGAAUCCGGACGUUCAGGAAAGGGUACAGCAGGAGAUCGACGAGACGUUGGAAAAUAACAAUGGAGAGCUGACUUACGAAGCGAUGCACGGGAUGAAGUAUCUGGACGCGGUGAUCAAUGAAACUUUACGACUUUAUCCGAUCGCCUUAUUCAUAGACAGGUUGUGCGUCAAAGAUUUCGAAUUACCGCCAGCGCGACCCGGCGACAAACCGUUUACCGUCAAGGCGGGGAUGAACAUCUGGGUUCCCGUGAUUGCGAUCCACCAAGACUCGAAGUACUACGAGAAUCCUUUGAAAUUUGAUCCGGGUAGAUUUUACGAAAACAACAAGACUAUCACCAAUUCGGGUGUGUACAUGCCGUUCGGUCUUGGGCCGAGGAUGUGCAUCGGCAAUCGAUUCGCGCUAACGGAGAUAAAAGUGCUGCUCUGUCACGUUCUUGCCAAGUGCAGCAUCAAGCUCGCACCAAGAACGAUCACCCCGUUGCAGUUCGAGAAAGGCGUGUUUAACGUCACCGGGAAAAACGGAUUCUGGUUGGCCAUCGAGCCGAGGAAAAGUUCUUAUUGUUUCUCCACCGUUUCCGCCAGCGCUGUUUCUUGCAGUUGAACAUGAAAUGAAAAUAUAAAAAACAUAAUAUUUAAAAUCAGAAU